AUGGGUGUCCUACCUGCUCUAGAUUCUCGUCCUCACUUGGUUCUCCCUAACACCCCGCCAGACUUGGUGAGUCCAGACGCCUCGUCUUACUCGUCCAACUCGUCAUCAUCUGCGGACCGACCCUGGAUCUCGCCUGCGCCUACAUCCCCUUCUAUGAAUAGCUAUGAGAAGCCUUUGACAAGCAAUAUGCCUGCGGAUCAGAAGAUGGAUGGAGAGCAGAACCGGCCGGAGUCCGCUUCUCAAACAGCACCUCGACAACAACUUCCUUCAUUAAGUAGCCUCUUCGGUCCGCCGACAGCUCCUGGUCGGCCGAUGCACUCGCCUCUCUCGGACCGCACCAGCUCUUUCCCUGCCACUUCUCCCCUGGAUCGUCCUCGAGUUCCCUCAGGCGACAGGCAACAUCCGACAUCCUACUUCCCGCCGACCCUCUCUCCUCCUAUAUCACAACCUCGCAGCACUUACGACAGCAAAUACGAUGCCGACCGCCAGCCACUUCAUGCGCUUUCGCGAUCAUACUCCGGCUCAGGAUCGCCUAGGUUUCGCGAUGGCGAGCACCCUCGCCCAGAGUCGCGCGCCGAGGGGCUUGGAAAGUGGUCGAUGCAGCACGAGACCAGCCGGCAUGAGUAUUCAUUAGGAUCUCGGGAUGGUUCCUUUCGAUCACCCCAGGACCAGUUCCGUCUCCACUUUCCAGGACCCAAGGACCGUGUUGUGCCGAGCUAUAACGACCAAAGAUCUCCUCAAGGGGCACCGAACCCCCCGCCAACUCCGAGCACCACGGCGACCGAGGGUGUUCCCUCUAAGGAUGGACUGGGACCGAAGAUCUGGACUGGCACUCACUUCUUGCCUCGAUUUGUGCGGGCCGCGGAGGUGCCUGGCGAGGGAAUGUGUUACUUCUAUGACGAUGGCAGUCACUGCAAGACAGUGAUCGAUGGCGAAGCAGUCAACGCCCACUGGGGUGUAACCAAGGCCGGUAAGCCUCGGAAGCGACUGGCGAUUGCUUGUGUGACAUGCCGCGAGAAGAAGAUCAAGUGUGACCCGGAUUACCCCCGCUGCGUUCAGUGCGAGAAGUUUGGUCGGGUGUGCAAGUUUAAGAAUGCACCUCGGGGAGGCCACAAUACAUCUCCUUCAACCCCCCCUGCCGAGCUUGACGACCUUCGCAAGCUGGGCGGACCAUCCAGACAGAAUGAGAGCGAGGAAAGCUCCCCUGUGUCACCACGAACCACCAUGCGGCCCCCGUCACCAGAUGUUGGCUCCCACAAGCGUCUUCGGGUGGGAUACGACAGCUAUGUUACAACCGGCGAACCAGUUCCCUCGAUGGCGCCUGUCGAGCCUCCGAGGCCUCAGUUUCCCGUUCAUCGACUUCCCGUCGAGCUGCCUAGGAUCUCCGAAGAGGUUCUCAACCGAGCCUGGUGCACCGACCCUUCUCUCUCAGACCCCCAGUCCAUCCGUACUGUGAUUUCCCACUUUUUCGUUCACCUCGACAGCACCAUGAUCGUUCGAUUCAUCCCUGAGAACGUUUUCAAGACAUGGGUUGUGAACCCGGGGCACCGCAAGUCUCCCGAGGACUUGAUGCUCCUCUACAGCAUUCUUGCAGUCGGAGUUGCUCUGUCGAAUGGCCCGAAGCCUAUCGCCUAUGAGUACGCCUCGGUGGCGCACUACGCUCAAAAGUUGACAACAGUCAGCUGCCUCCAGCUUGUGCAGACCAGGAUUCUGCUCGCACUUUACUACCUCUCCAUCUCUCGCGUAUCCGAGGCGAGCGAGAUGAUCUCGGCGGCUGUCGCAACAGCAGCUUGUCUCCAGCUCAACGUCGAGCUCGAAGAGUCAAGGGAGGCUGGACUCUUGACUUUCCCCUUUGGGAUGAGCAAGGCGGGCUACUGCGAAGCCAGGAGAAGGACUUUUUGGUCUCUGUUCAUGCUGGAACGACUUGAUGGACAUUUCCCUGACCGUCUGGCAAUGAUCAAUGCCGAAGACAUUUACACUCGCCUGCCUGCUGACUCGCACAGCUUUGAGCGAGAGGUGGAAGGCUUCUCGCCAAUGUUUAACCCCUACGUCUCGAACCUCGCCAGUACCCAUGAGCGCGAAUUUGGAAUCUCGGCGCAUCUUGUUGAGAUGGUACACACGUGGUCGAACGAUGUGUGCCGAAUCUACAGGAUGGCACGACGAACUACGUUGAUGGAAUCGGAUUUGGAGUCUUCGCAGAGGAUUCUGAAGAGGAUUCAUGACUGGCGUGCUGCGCUUCCUUCUCGUCUGCUGUUUACGGCUUCAAACCUGGAAUCAGCGGCACUGGCAGGAGAGCUUGGCCAGUUCUUGACCAUGCACCUCCUAUACAACCACGCCAUGAUCAAGCUCAGCCGCCAUACGGUAGCUGCAGCACGCUCAUCGCCACAGACGGCCUCUCUUCACGUGCAGACUUGCUACGAGCACGCGACACAGGUAUUGGACAUGGUCAAAGCUGUUGUGCGACUCCACCGCGGGGGACAGCAAGUCCUCAGCGCACCGGCUCCGGUCAUGGCCAUGGUGGUGACAGAGGCAGUUGACGUGCUGACCUCUAGUGGUCGUCUAUCUCACCUGGGCGAUAUUAUUGAGAACGUCCAUAUGGUUCAGGAGGUUGUUCAAGCCAUGUGCUCGACUUGGGACGACGUCAGGGGUGCACAGGAGGCGAUCGAGGGACGACUUGGAAUGUUGCACCGUAUUCGAGACCGGGGCAGCCAACCCGCGAGCCCUAUCGAGGGCUAUCGCAUCGUAUACAGCGCUGAGGGACGCGAAGACGACAAGAGCCUGCGCUGGCAAAUCAACAACCCGAUGGAAAAGCUGUAUCCCAAGGAUAUGGACACCAUCUACUCGUCACUUAUAUAA